UAGUCUCCGCAGUACUGGGACUGAUCUCAUUGACCGAUUUGCUUCGAUUCGGGUACUUAUACAAGUACUGUCAAAGUUAAGUCGUCAUGCUUGAAUUUAAAAUGAAAUAUUUUCUGUUUUUACUUUACAUUUCAGUUUCUUGGGCAGCAGACGCCGAAGGAAACGAGUCUCCAGACGAGUUUUCAUCAUCUACUGCAGAAUCUGAAACAACCCAGCCUUCGACCACGACAUCGACAACUUCGUCCCCUCCUGAUUAUUUGAGCAGUUAUUCGGACCUUCAAGAGAUUUCCGCGUCGGACAUCGAUUCAAAUGAAAAAAUCCAGAAAAAAAUUAUAAACGCUUUUUCGGAGUUCUCAUCUGGUUGCAAUAACUAUAAACCAAUAGAUCUUUCUUUAGAUGAAUUCACGUUUAAGAAAAAACAAGUAACUGUGGACUUGGAGAAAGAUAAAGUAAACGCUUCGUUUUCCAAUUUUACUUUCGUAGAAGAAUCAGAUUCAGAUGUUGGAAGUAUACCUUAUUCUAUUUUGGUGAGAUGUGAUUCGUCAGAAAACUCGAAGGUGGAAGUGACAUUACCAAAGAACAUUAAAAUUUUCGCAAACGUACAAGUUAAUUCUUCGAAUGGAAACGCGGGAUCGAUAACUAAAGGAUCGAUUUUCAUCUUGCUAAAGAACGUUUCCGUAGUUAAAGAAUUCACCAUUCAAACAAACAAUUACAAACAGGAAUAUGAUAUCAAACGUGCCAUCUCUUAUUUGAAAACAGAAGUACUCCUUGCAAUAGACAUCAAAUACCAAAAGCCGAUUUACGACAAAUUCCAUUCAUUUCUAAACGAAACCGAAUCCCCUCUACAAGAAUACUUCGUAGACAAGCUGACAUCAAAAUUGGCUGAAAAUGGAGUUUCAGUUAGUGAAAGCUGUUCUAAAUUCGUCAACGUGAAAAAAAAAUCCGAAAAAUUUACCUCACCAUCUUCAACCGAUGAUUUGAGCAACAUCUACGUUAUUUCGAAAGAAACUAAAGAAACGUGGAAAGGAGUCAAUCUCACAUUAGGACCUAUUAUCAUUCAAGGUUUAUCUGAAUUCAACAGCAUUGAGAUGAUUAUCUCAGGAACUGAAUUGUCUACAUCGUUGAAAAGCGCAGACCAUGAUCUUUCUACACAGAGUGUAAAAAAUAACGUAUCUGAAACAAAAGAAGCAACAGUUCGAAUUAGAACAAAUGGUUUGAGAGGCAGAUUGAAUUGGAAAUUUGAUCUUAAACCAAUAAGAUCAUUUUCUUUCUUCAUAGAUUCCAUUUUGUUUGAAAUUCGGAAAAGUAAAAGUUUUCGUGAUAAACGUGAAGCGGCAACCACAGUGCCUAAAUAUUUUUACCCGUACAACGAAUCUGCUACAGAUGCGAACAAAUUGGAUAUAAAUCUGGUUUUGGGGAAUAUAAACAUCAAUUCGUCGUCGUCCAAUUCGAAUAUAGGAGAAAUUGAGAGGGAAUUCGUGAAUUUCGUUCUUACCGAGUAUUUAAAAACAAUUUUGAACGAUACGUUGAUCAAAUCAUUUAAUGACAAGCUUCAAAAUAAUCCUUCCGUUGUAAAUUGUUGAUAUAGAUAAGAAAGGAAACGUAAACCACAAUUUUUUAAUCAGGUUCAGGUAUGUACUUAUAAAUUAAGUACCUAUAAUAAUGUUGAUAAAAUAAAGGCACAUUUAUUGUAUUGAUGAAUAAAAUACUCGUAUACCUACCUAA